AUGAAAAUAUCUGAUUUGAAGAAUGAAUUCACAGAUCGAAUGCAAUUAUUAGAACAACGAAUUGUUGUUGAAACAGAUCGUUACAAUGAUAUUGAUAGAAUUAAAAAAGAAUUGAAUGAAUUGAAAAUUCAAAUUCAUGAGCGAAAAACCACUUCAACAACCAACAGUUCAGAACGUAGUACAUAUCUGGGCAAUAUACGCUUAAGUAAUGAUGGUGUGAAAAUUUUAGAAUUGAAUAAUUUACCCAUUUUCGAAAAGUAUACAUUGACACAAUCAACUAUUGAUUUUUUGAAAAAACCAACAUUUGAUAUUUGGCACUGGGAACCGAAUGAAAUGUUAGCUCUACUGGAGCAUAUGUAUAAUGAGCUAGGUGUAGUUUCAGAAUUCAACAUCAACCCAUUAACAUUGAAACGUUGGUUGUUGUCCAUACAAGCAAAUUAUCGUAAUAAUCCAUUUCAUAAUUUUCGACAUUGUUUUUGUGUUGCACAAAUGAUGUAUGGAAUUCUAUAUCUCUGUGGAUUGAAUAAUGAUUUUUCACGUGAAGAACUAGGAAUCCUAUUGACAGCUGCUGUCUGCCAUGAUUUGGAUCAUCCAGGAUAUAAUAAUUCGUAA